UUUAGUAAGCGUCGGUUACAUCAAACGGAACGGGUUUGUGCUUCCGAAUUGUAGACGCGCGCCGAUUCUCGUCGAUGAAAAACUUUUGUUAACAUGUAGUAGACGAUUUUUUUCAGCGAACUUAAAAAUUGUUAGUUUCCGGCGACCAAUUCAGCUAAAUAUAAAGGGGCAUUUGCUGCGAGAAUUCGUCACCAUUCACUACACACUUGAUGAUUAACCCAAAAGGAUGCGAAUUAAACGUAAUCUCCCAAGAGCUUUAUAGGACGACAGGGAAAAAGUGGAGAUGAUGGAGGACGUCACGUAAUCUACGGUUGGUGCCGGAAUGACCUCUUUAGGACUGACGGUGCCUUUAAGCAUUGCAACUCUAAUUGGUCUCAUUCUGAACGCGUACAUAUUAAUCGUAGUCGUCCUUACAAGGCAGGCAGCAACGGCCAACAACAUAUUGCUGCUGCAUCUCGGCGCGCUAAACACCGUCUUGGCCCUACUUUUUUUGGCUUUCUCCGCGCCUGGACUGACGAGAAGCAACUGGCUGUCCAGCGGCGCCCCGUGCGCCCUACACGGAUUUCUGUUUACAAUUCUGCACCCCAUGGUUCUUUGGACGAUUUGUGGACUUAAUUGUGAUCGUUACUAUGCUAUAGCUGCACCAUUGCAUUACGGUCAUCUCGUUAAUCCGAGAAAGAUUCUGGUUGGUUUGGGUGCAGGUUGGGCCGUAACACUGGCGCUGAGUCUUCCUCCAUUUUUUACAGUGGGCCCCUACGCCUACAACAGCGGGUUGGGCGCUUGCGCACCCGAUUUCUCACUGGGACCCGGUGUGCUAUGGUAUUCGGCUUUUUACACCGCAUUUACUCUUCUUCUGCCAGCUACUCUCAUCGUCUGCUGCAAUCUUAAGAUAUUAAUGAUUGCUCGCUAUCACAGACAUCGGAUAGCAUCGGCGAUUUACGAGGUGACACUGUCGGCACAGGUGACAAUAACGCAUCAACGAAACCCGUUCUUCGUGCCUACAGUAACGGCACCGUCAGCGGGUGGGCCGAAAUUCCGAGGGAAAAGUGCAAUAUCGACCGUCUUACAAUUAGUCGGUUCCUUUCUGUUAAUCUACGUUCCUUAUUAUAGUAUUAUUUUGUGGGAGGCAGCGACGGCCACACUCAAAAAUUCCACUACAUCCAUCAAAAUCGACCAACGCGUUUUGAUAUUCGCCUCGGUAAUGCUCAUAUGUUCACCUCCAAUAAACGGCUUCUUUUACGGUGUCAAAAACAAAACCCUUCGUAAAACAUUCCAAAAUUACUGGCGUAAAAAGCUGACGAAAAGCGAAGUUAACCAGGAAAUUCAGGCGAGGACGCCGUCAACGUGUGGAUCACGUCGACCGUCGCUGACUCCAUUAGGAUUUUUCUCGAAACCGGUCUUAACGCGGAGGCUCUCCGAGGCAUUCUUAGACCUGCACAAGGUGAUGGGUAGCCCGACGAAGCCAAAGAUGAAGCGCAUCUCCUCCGAGUUGACGUGGCGACCGAAUUCGACUCCCGGUUUGAAUCUGUCACCAAGCGAGGAAGACUGCAGGAAGAACAUAUCACACACUGCCAGCUGCAACACUCUCCAAGUACCACGCAAUGAGAUCGAAGAAGUUUGCAUGAUAGUCGACGAGGAAGUCUUACGAAUCACCAAGAGACGUUCAAUCGACAGACUAACCCGACCAUCGCGUAGUAGCGCCAACUUAUUCCUCCAAAGAGUCUUUAGGAUCGACCAAGAGCAUUCCAACAAAAAGGCGACAGUUAUCAAAACCGUUUUGGAAUCGACCCCCAAACGAUCGCCCAGAAUUCUCAUAACGCGCGCCUUUUCCGAAGAAAGCGACAAGACCACGUCCGUUCCCCCAUCACCGGCCAAAGAAAUCCUGAACAAAAAACUGUCGUCAUCCACCACACUAAUCGAAAGAAGAUGGCGACAGCUACAUUACCAAGACGAGGAUAGCGACAACGAGAACUGCCAGACGAUGACGAUGAGGCCGUUACUGUCAUCGGCCGAGCGGGAGAGCAACAGAAGCAGCGAAUCGUCGGAUACCUCCGAUAUGUCGACAGGCAAAAUCUACAUGGCACUAGACUCGAAUCACGUGCCCGAAGAUAUCGAAAAUGACGCGACCGAAGACCAACUGCUCCUCUCAUGGUCGAAGUACGAGAACGGCGACACACCAACACUCAAAACUAAAUCUAGUCUCAUAAAACAGUCAUUAGUUAAAGGGCAACCUGAAGAAAUAGUGCUAUAACUAGUAUUAUUUAGCAAUUUAAGUUUUUCAAUGUGAUGUCCUCGAUGUGAUAUUACCAUUAAGUUUAGAUCUUUAUUUUAAAAAUAAUGGGACAAUUGCGAGAGCAAAAUCAAUAUUUUUGUAAAUGUUGCUCGACGCCGCAUAAGGCAGGUUACACACCUAAGGCGCGGGGCGCGGUGCGUAGCGUGCCUUGUGACGUUUACGUUUGUCAACUAGUUUUUAAGCACCUCACAUUGUGAGUAGCUAUCUGUUACGCUUCGCAUACAAUGCACCUGUUAAUACGCAAAGGAGAUUACCAUUUAAACAAUGUUAAUGAGAUUAUGCAAAUGUUUAAUUAGAGAGGUAAACGUAUAACAAAUUUAUUUUGGUGUAAACAGUUCUUGAAGGUGAAUGGAAAAAAUUUCGCUGAAAUGAUUAAAAAAAAACAGUUUACAGGGUACAUACAAUCAAGAGGAUAAGGAAUUAACAAAAUUUACAUAUCGCCUCCCGUCAGUAUUUCAAGUAAUCGGCAUAAUUGUAUUUUAAGCUAGACAAAUACAAACUCAAAACGAA